UGAAAUUUUUAAAAAUUUUACAAUAAAUAUUAAAUAUUAAAAAUUGAUUAAAUAUAAAAAACAUUGUUCAAUUAUUCCCUGAUUACUGACAAUUUCUAUGAAUAACACAAAAGAUUAAUUUAUAAUAACUUUAAUAUAGGUUAUAUUCAUGCAUCGUAUAAAAACCCAUAAAUGAUGGUAUUUUCGGCCAUCAUACUAAAGAGGGGAUGAUUGUCUUAAAGUAUAUUUAUGGAGUAUCGUGACACAUUCAGGUUAUAAAAUAGGAUGUUGCAUUAAGUUUUUGAAGAAUAAAUAGCUGUGAUGGAUGAUGUUGAUACUUCAGUGUAUUAUGAUGAUGAAAAUGAUUAUUUCGUUGGAUUUGGUCAUCGUCAUUUACCAGAGUAUGAUUAUGAAUACGAAGAUGCAGAAGGAGAAACGUUAUCUGAACUUAAUGAAUAUUGUCUCACCCCUACGUUCUACGAUACAGGAUUUUAUAUAUUACCAUUGUUUCUUGCAAUGUUUAUUUUUCGACUUAUAUCACAAAUGCAAUCUAUUUCUGAUAAAUUGUUUCAUGGACUAUCAAUGGUUAUUGGAAUAUGUAUCACUCAGCAUUACGCAGAAGAAUGUUUAUUUUUAUUAGUAUUAUUUGUUGUAUUUUCUUAUAUUACUUUAAAUUUACCAAAGAAGUAUUAUAAAGAGAUAGCAGUCUUUUUACCAUCACUGUUUAUCAUUGUCUACAGUGAAUUUUAUAUGAAACCAGUCAUUUGGCAUAAAGUACGCAGCAUUAUUAUGACCAUGGCAAUGAGAACUAUUAGCGUUGCUGCAGAUAGUAUUGAAUCUAAUGACAUUCCAGAUUUUUAUAGUUACAUGGGAUAUAUGUUCUGUGCAGCUACUUCAUUCUUAGGUCCAUGGGUUCCAAUGAAAGAUUAUUUGGCUUUACGUCGACCAAAUCAACAAGGAAAGUGGUGGUUAUUGAUUGUAAUUGGAUUUACUUCUUGUUCAUUCCUUUUCUUAAGUAUGUCAAAUUGUUGGAUACAUUGGAUGCUUCCAGAUGAUUCAUGGAUGUGGUUAUUAGCAUAUAGAGAUGCAUUAUCAUUCAGAACAUCACAUUAUUUUAUUUCAUAUUUGGCAUCGGCCAUAUCAUUUUUAGGAGGAUAUCCAUUCUCAUUAAUAUCUAUUGUUAAACCAUUAGAAAUUGAACUACCACGUUCACUCGUCCAAGUUGUUGUUUAUUGGAAUAUGCCAAUGCAUUUCUGGUUAAAAAAAUAUAUAUUCCGUCCAAGUCUAAAGUAUUUAGGAAAAUUUGGAGCAGUAAUUAUUACAUAUCUAGUGAGUUCUCUUUUACAUGGAUUUAAUUUUCAAUUGGGAGCAGUAUUAUUGAGUCUCGGUUUAUACACAUACGUAGAACAUCAACUUAGAAUAAUGUUUGCUAAUAUUUUCGACGCAUGCAUAGCAUCAAAGGAAUGCGCUCAAAACAAAUGUACCCACUUAUAUAAUCCUAACAAUUGUUGGUGGGUUAUUGCGAUAAAUAUCAUGUUUACAGUAUUAACAAUAUUUCAUUUAGCAUACUUAGGUCUUAUGUUUGAUACUUCUGAAUUACAAGAAACAGGAUAUAGUUAUACUCAUACUAUUAAAAAAUGGUCUGAACUUGGAUUCGCUAGCCAUUGGGUAGCAUUAGCUACAUAUUGUAUAUAUUUUUUAAUACGGUAAUCAUACCAAUAUACAGUAUAUCAUACUUUAUCAAUUUUUAAACACAAAUUUUUAUACGCAAUUAGAAUUUUUAUAAGUUAUCUAAUAAAAUGAUU